AUGUCGAAUACACAAACUGCGCGUCGCUGCGUAAGCUUGCUGGACCUAAUUGCGGUGAAUGCGGAGCAGGCCACAGCGUUUGGCCCAGAGGCGCGCCACCUAUAUGAAAAGCUGGUAGAGAUGCGGCCUUUUCUGGAGGAAUUUCUGACUGGUCGCUACGAAGAUCCAGCCCUUGGCGAAGCACUCGAGGACGUUGAGGCAUCUUUGCGCAGCUUCUCCACGGCUUCGCAGCGCUGCUGCUCUCAAGGCCCCCUGGAGACGCUGCUCACGGCGGACCAGCUUCUGCUUCAGCUCGUGGAUAGCUGCUUGCGUCUGGGCACCGCAACCGUCAACUUCGACACCCUGCGCCGCCUUCAUGGUGUGCGCCUGCAGCUCAUGGAAGAGGCCGAGCGGAUCCGCCUGGGCACCAGUGGUGAUGGCGCCUUUAUGUCGCAGGUCCACCUCCUGGCCGCCGCCUGCACACACCGCCAGCUUGACGCCGAUGUUGCUUUUCUUGCACACCGUGUCACGGCGACGGAGGCCGAACAGCAAACCACCACAGCCCACUUCCUGAACCUGGCCCUACGAGCCGUCCAAAGCCUAGCUACAACUCGCAGCGGCAGUAGCAGCAGCACCGGCGGCCAGCCUGGACCAAAGCGCAUCACCGCCUUCGCCAGUCCGGAUUCAACAUCACCACCAAGACCAGCCUCCCGGGGCCAGGUAGCCUCGGUUCCGGCCCUUACUGGCGCCCUAGCGCAGCUGCAGGUUCAAAUUACAUCAUCACCAAAUGCGGACCGUAGCACACAGGUGGAGGCCAUGUGCCUUGCCCUAGAGGGUCCAGAGCAGGCGCGAGUGCUCCAGGGCCAACGCAGGAGCCUUCCAUUACGACUGCUGACGGCGCUGCUGGCGGCAGAUCCUGACGCUGGCGACGAGCUGGCCGCGGCGCGCGGUUUGCAGAUGUUGAUGCUCCUCCUCACGGCCUGUAUGGAGGCGGCCUCUCGGCGAGCAGCGGCCGCUGCCGCGGCGGCAGCAGCAGCAGCUGCUGCUGUGACCGUCAACGUAGUAGGCAGGUCACCUAUACGGCGGAAAGCCGGGCUGGUGGGGUGCAGACGACCGGGCGGCGAGCUUGAAUUGUCGCCGGGGGUUGCGCGUGUGCAGCAGAACGGGGAGGAGGAGGAAGAGGAGGAGCGGGGUGUGUGCCUGUUGGUGAUUGGGCUGCUAAGACAGCUGAGCGCUUCACAUGCGGCCGAGUUGGUGGCUGCUGGCGCGGUCAAGCUCCUGUGCCAAGCUGUGAGCCUUCCCGGUGGCGGCAGGGUUGCCAGCGCCGCGGCCGCGGCGCUAUCCGACCUGGCGUGCAAUGGCGCGGCAGUGAUAGAGAUGCUUCAAGAGCGACUGUUGGUACCGUUAGCCGACCUGCGCCUCUCCAACCGCUCCUCGGAGUCCGCUGCAGCGCUGGCGUGUACGGCCGCCAUCCUCCAACAUCCGGCAAGAUUGCCUCACCAACAGCAACACCAGAACCGGCAAGACCCCCAGACGUUGCCAGGACAAGCCCAGGAUGUGCAACAGCUGUGUGUCGAUAUGGGCAGGGCGUGUGACGGCGCCAGCGUAUCCGUCCUUCUGGACCUAGCCGUGGAAGUGGCCGCAGCUGCCGGGGCGCCCAACCGUGGAUACCCCGUUGCCAUCGCAGCUACCACCGCAGGCGGAGACUUCGAGCCUGGCCUCUUCAAGCUGCUGCCCUUCUGUGUCCACAACACCCAGACGCGCGCUGCGGUUCUCCAGCAUGGCGCCGGGAUGAGGUUGUUGCUGGACCGAGCGGCGGCCGGCGACAUGGAUGCUGCAACCACGCUGCGGCGGGUCGCCAACGACGGCGGCGGCUGCAAGACCGCCGUGGUACGGCACCUGGCCCAGAUGUUGGUGGCGGCAGGGAACGGUGGUGGAAUCGGAGGCGGAGGCAGCUGUUCGGGGCCUGGCAGCGGCGGCAAGCAACGGGCGGUGGUGGCCAUGGCCCUGUGCCUGGCAGACGUCCUUCGACCCGCCAGCCGCGACCGGUCUGCGAUGCGCUGGUCGAGCGAUGCCUGCAGCGAGUGCGAGCGGUGCGGCGUGCUACAGUCGCUCUCCGCCAUCGCUGCUAGCCCAGACGCAGCUUCCAGAGCCGCAGGCCUGGCCUGCCUGCACGCGCUGGCGGUGUACGGCACCCAGGAUGUGUGUACGGCACUUGGCAAUUGUGGCGCCGUAAUGGUCCUUGUGGAUGCGGCUAAGCUUGAGGGCGUGGCCCUGCAACCAGCAGCAACAGCAACGGAGGGGCCUUUCCUGGUGCUACAGCCACCCAUCUGUGAGCCUCACACGCUGGGUCACGCAGCCGCGGAAGCCCUGGCAGCCCUGGCAACUGCCUCAGAAAGUCUGCUGCAAGACGUGACCAUGCAGCUGGCCGCGUUCCUGGGUUCCUCAAGUCCCCACCUGGCAGCAAGCACGUGUCAAGCGCUGCGAGUGCUGCUGGAAACAUGUCCGGCCGCGAGCCAGCCACUAGCGGCGCAGAGCGGCAUCAUGAACAUCCUGAUAGCGCACGUGUCCAAGCUGCCUGCUUCAUCCACGUACGCCUCACCGUCCAUAUCGACAGCAGCGGCGUCACGCGGCAAGUGGGAGCGUGGCGGUGGAGGCGGCUCCGUUGGCAUCGCCGGCGAUCCGGACGUAGCGGAGCUGCUGCAGCAGCGGGCGGUUCGGUUGGUUUGGGCCUUGUGCCGUGGCGGCGGUGCCGCGGUGGAGGCGGCAGUGGCGGCCGGUGCAGCUCCGGCCCUGCUGCAGCUUGUGGCGACGGCGCCGCUGCCGCGGAACAUGGAGGCUGCGGCGGCGCUGGCGCCGCUGCUGAAAAAGUCCGCAAUUGCCCGGGAGGCCGUGGCCGCAGCCGCCGGACUGGACAUAUUGCUGGACGUUGCGUGUGGCGGGGCUCGAACAGGCCACCUGCCAUUAUGGGAAGAUGCACUAGGUGCGGUGGCAGCACUGGCUGCGCUACAUGCGCCAUGCCGCGCCGAGGCGGUGCGGGCGCUGCGGCCGAUGCUGGUGCGCGGGACGGUGCAGGAGGCGGCUGCGGCAGCGGUGGUGGUUGAGCGAAUGUGCAGCGCCGUUGCGGGGCGGGAGGCGGUCCUGGCGGAGGAUAUGGCUGAUUCGCUGGUACGCCUUCUGAGCACAG